AUGUGCUACCACCGAUAAUACCCGUUUCGAUAGGCGAGCGCUCGGCGGUGUGACAGCUCUAAUCACAAGACACCCAAAAAAUAAAUAAAUAUAUCCAAUAUUAUAUCCACCGAAGCGAGGCAAUCGCGGAAAACUCAAGGGCCAUGUCGUGGGUCUCCGACUACAAGUACACCUGGGCGGAGCAGCUUGCGAUGCGGACGCUGCGCGCCUGUGGUCAUAUUCCGAACCACGUAGCUUUUGUGAUGGACGGCAAUCGGCGGUUCGCCCGCUCGCAGCAGAUUGAUAAGAUAGAGGGCCAUUCGCGGGGAUUCGAGAAGCUGGCGGACUGCCUGCGCUGGUGCCUCGACGCGGGUGUCCGCGAGGUGACCACCUUCGCCUUCAGCAUCGAGAACUUUAAGCGCUCCAACGAAGAGGUUGAGGGUCUGUUCAAUCUGGCCAGAGAGAAGUUCGCCCGCCUGCUGGAGGAGACUACCCGACUAAACGAGCAUGGCAUUCGCAUCCGUGUGAUUGGGAACAUCGAACUGUUGCCUCUCGAUCUGCAGAAGCUGGUGGCCUCGGCUAUGCUGAGCACAGAGCGCAAUGACAAGCUCUUCCUGAACGUGGCCUUUGCCUACACAUCGCGUGACGAGAUCACGCAGGCCGUGGAGACGGUUCUGCGGCACGGAAGCCAGGAUCUGGCCGCCGAGGACAUCAGCGAACGGCUGCUGGAGGAGUGCCUUUACACGCGACACUCGCCGCCACCGGAUCUGGUGUUCCGCACCUCCGGCGAGACCAGGCUGAGCGACUUCAUGAUGUGGCAGCUAAGCACCUCCGUGCUGUACUUCAGCAACGUCCUUUGGCCGCAGAUCACCUUCUGGCACUUCCUGGCCAGCCUUCUGGCCUACCAACGCGACCGCUGGCAGCUGGAGGACUUCCGGCGGACGGAGAGGAUGCACAGCUAUCAACUGGCCAAGACGAGCGACUUCUACAGCGAGCGGGUGCAGAAGUUCCUCGCCACCAUUGACGAGGACCGGCGGAAACUGCUGGUCCGACUGGCCGCCAACUAACGUCCGUAACUCCCUCCGAUUUCAGCAUGUCGAUAUUUGUGAUAUGACUGGGAAAUAAAUCCGUGUAAAUAACACUCA